UGUCUGCGAAGCCGCAAAGCCGAGUUGUGGAUAGGCUUCAAAGGUGUACGUUACUAGCAUGGGUUUUGGAGAGCGUUCAAGUAACUUCUCUUUCUGCUUUGUUGCUCUGAAACCCUUCCCUCAACGGGGGACACAUCGCAAGGAAUCCCAACUCCAGGCACCAAUUCACGUAGAUCCGUGGAGUUACGACGAUUUGGAGGUCGAGGUUGUUCUUUUGAUGGCGGAAAACCUUGGUCCCGUAGUUUCCGCCGCUUAAACUCUCUGCAUUUUCGCAGAUCGUUCCCGCUCCUCUUCUCUGCUUCGUUGGAUCGCACAUUGUGGUAUUUUCUCGAAUUCCUCGGGGUUUCCUUUUAUUGCUUUUGUCUCUGCUCUCUCGGGAUUCUAUGGAUUGAUUUCGAUCCAUUUGUUUCCUUAACGUUUUGGGUCGCGAUUGGACUCAUAUAAUUUAGUAAGAUACUUGGAUUUUUGGGAUGUUCUUGAAAUCGAUUGACUCUAAUUUUUAUUUCAUUGGAGAUAAAAACAAGCGUCUCGAAUCUCUCUAGUCUAAAAAUUGCAUCUUUUACUGAUCAAAUAUAUACAUGACUAUCCGAUAAAUCUUGCUUGUAUUCUGUGAAUUCUUCUACUGGAUUGUUAAGUAAUUAGUCUUCCUGUGAAGCUGCAAAGUGUUAAAAUGAGUGAUUUUGAUGUUAAAUUCCGAUCCUGUUCUAUGCCACUUCUUGACAUACUGAAUCCACACGACUUGACUUGCUUGUUUGUACUCUGUACAUGGAAUACCUGCGUAUAAAUUUAUGCCUUCUGUUACUUUUGAAUCUGUAAUAGAAGAUGGAAAAGGAUGAACCCUAAAAGGUGAAGUUCAUCAGUGUGCUGAAUUAGGUGAAAUUGUAGUUAUUUCUAGUCCUGUAGGCUUCAGAUACAUCGCUUUCACAAAGUUUGGCACAAUAGCACUCAUUGUGUCUUUCAUCAAUAAUUUUCUGAACGGUGGGACAUGAAAGUUCCAAGUGUUUAUCUCUCUUUAUUUUCUCUCUUUAUUUCAUCAAGUUGUGGCGUAUCAACCGGCCUGUUGGGGUUGAAUCUAGGAUUGCAGUCCCACCACAAGGCUGGCUUGCUAUCACAUCUCUUUAGCUGUCUGACAAUGACCAACGAGUUGCACCUAUAAUUCAUGAAGUUUGCUGACUUUUCAGUUUGUCCCUAAUAGCUUCUGUGUAGAUUGGAUGAUCGACUCGUAUCAUUCAGGUUCACCUCGUCUGGCCCUUUCCUAAAUGUUAGUGCAACUUGCGAGAGCUUGUCCUGUGCUACCAAGCUAAUCUUACCAUCAUUUGGUUGGUGAAGGAACUGUACAUGAAAUGGAGGUUGAGUUGCGCUCUGUUCAUACGCUGUCCCCUUCUCAGGAAGAAAGUGGAGAUGAAGGACUCUCAGUGCUUCCUAGGCACACCAAAGUCGUUGUUACUGGUAACAACAGAACCAAAUCUGUUUUGGUCGGGCUGAAAGGAGUUGUGAAGAAAGCUAUUGGUCUUGGUGGCUGGCAUUGGCUGGUCCUGAAAAAUGGGGAGGAAGUAAAGCUGCAAAGGAAUGCUUUGAGUGUUUUGGAAGCUCCAACUGGAAACGAAGAUGAUGAAAUCGAUUGUGAUACCUCUUUCUGCAGUAGCUCGGACAUGGGAGAAAAAGACAUGGAUUACACUGGUUCAGAGUUUCACAAACCAAGAAAGUCAAGGAUUCGACAUACUAGGUCAUGGAAGUCUAACGGCCAAAGUAGCAUCAGGAACAUUCACUCCCAUGGUUUUAAGCCUCGAACGAGGGUAAGAUUGUCAAAACUCGAGACCGCCACCUUGUGGAGAUACUGGAAACACUUCAAUCUUGUGAGCAGUAACCCCAGUCCAACAAAGGAACAACUGGUCCAUGAUGUGCAGCACCAUUUCCUCUCUCAGAAACUGGAUGAAACGGAGGUCAUUUUAGGCUUCAUUCAUGCUGCAAAGAGAUUGAGGACUCUAUACUCAAGGUCUCUGAUGAAUUAAAGAAGGAAUCAAGUAUAUUCAUGUUGUUUCCAAAAUGGAGGAGUUUGACAUGGUGUGGUGUAAGCAUGAACUAACAUUUCAGAAUCAAGGAGAUCCUGAAGCUGUCUAUAACCAUGUUUGUCGAUUGUCUCUGAGAUUUUAUUGUAAAUUCUGAUUACGAGUCUACUCGUAAUGCAUGAGGAAAUAAAGAAAAAAUUUAUCGUGAAAUUCUCAUUGCAACUAAUACCAAAA